AUGGCAGCUUAUAAUGCUUCAUCUACUACAAUAUCUCCAACUCGGAGCAGAAGACUGCGCAGUAUGAAGUGUGGACCAUCCAGUUCGUUUACAUGUUUUAAUGGAGGUGAGUGCGUCCACAGAGAGCACUGCAACUGCAGUCGAUUUAAUGCAACGGGACCAACGUGCCAGACAGUGUACAACACAGGUGCUGAAAGAGAUCAUAUAUGCAGAACAUGGGGCCAGUACCACUUUGAAACAUUUGAUGGACUCUAUUACUAUUUUUCUGGGAAAUCCACAUAUGCCCUUGUGAGACAUACUGAAUUGGAGGAACAGAGUUUUUCCAUACAGAUUAAUAAUGAUCCAGAAUGCCAUUCGUCUCCUUAUUCAUGUGAACGGUCCAUUAGCUUAUACUUUUCUGGAGGUGAAGAAAUAAAGAUGAGCARCAAAGUCACCUAUAAAGGAUCUGGGGUCCGGUUGCCCUUUGUCGCUGGGAACCUGCGCAUCCAGAGGCUGGCUGGGUACUUCCUGCUCAGGCACCGGGACGCCUUCACGCUGGCUUGGGAUGGRGCCUCUGCAGCAUAUAUCAAAAUGGCCCCGGAAUUCCUGGGCAAGACACAGGGACUGUGCGGGAACAAUAAUGCUGUCGUGCAGGAUGACCUUGAGACCAGUUAUGGAAAACUGACAGAUGAUGUAACAGAAUUUGUAGAGAGUUGGCAGGAAGAUCCUCCACAAGGAACACCCCGUUUGGAUAAUUCUUUUGUCAGUGAGCCGCCUUGCCUGACACAAAGCCAUGAAUCUCUGCAGAGGAUGUAUGCUCUCUGUGAUAUCCUGCUGCACCCCCCGUUUGAACAGUGUCAUGAGUAUGUGAGUCCUCUUCCUUUCAUGGCAAGCUGCACCAGUGAUCUUUGCAUGUCAGCAGUUGAUAACGCAACUUGGUGUCGAGCGUUAACGGAAUAUGCCCGGGCCUGUGCCCAAGCAGGAAAACCUCUUCAUGGAUGGCGAGCACACUUCCAGCAAUGUGUGAUUACGUGUGCUGAGCCCUUGACCUACAGUGAGUGCAUUGAGUGCUGCCCUGUUUCGUGCCAUCAGCAGGCGCAGUGUGUUGGCAGUGAGCUCCCCUGCAUUGAUGGAUGUUACUGCCCAGAUGGCCUWGUUUAUGAAAACGAAUUGUGCAUUAAGCCCACGGACUGCCCUUGUGACUUCCAUGGAAGAUUUUUUGAAAUGGGCUCUGUGGUUCAUGAGGAAUGUAACAACUGCACUUGCAUUGGAGGAAAGUGGAUUUGCACAAAUCUUACAUGUCCAGCUGAGUGCUCCGUUUCGGGCGACAUUCAUUUCACGACCUUCGAUGGGCGCAAGUACACGUUCCAGGCUGCCUGCCAGUAUGUUCUAGCAAAGAGCCUUACGUCUGGAGAAUUCACUGUAUCCUUGCAAAAUGCUCCAUGUGGACAGAACCAAGAUGGAUCAUGUAUCCAAUCAGUCAGUCUUAUUCUUAAGCAGGAUCCCAAGAGGCAAGUGACUCUGACUCAUUCAGGAGAUGUUUUAAUAUAUGAUCAGUACAAAAUUAGCCUGCCUUAUACAGAUGAUAUGUUUGAAAUACGGAAAGUCUCCUCUGUGUUUCUUCAAGUAAAGACCCGCGUUGGAUUACGGAUACUGUACGACAGAGAAGGACUGAGGCUCUAUCUUCAAGUUGAUGCCCGGUGGAAGGAUGACACUGUGGGCCUUUGUGGAACCUUCAAUGGGAAUACGGAGGAUGAUUUUUUAUCUCCAGUAGGAGUUCCAGAAAGCACCCCACAGCUGUUUGGAAACGCCUGGAAAACCUUAUCAGCCUGUGUUCUUGUCCAYGACAACUCUCAGAUGGACCCCUGUGACAUUCACCUACAGGCAGCAUCUUAUGCAGCGGAAGCUUGUAGCAUCCUUACGAAAGAGCUCUUUGCUCCCUGCUACCCCUAUUUGAGCCCCAUUCCCUAUUUUGAGCAGUGCAGAAGAGACACUUGCAAAUGUGGACAAGUUUGUUUUUGCUCUGCUCUGGCCCAUUACGCUCAUCACUGCCGAAGAUUUGGAGUUGUAAUAGACUUCAGAGGAAGUGUCCCAGACUGUGCUCUCUCAUGUGAAGACACAAAGGAGUACAGUACUUGUGUAGCUACCUGUGGCAGAACCUGCCAAGCGCUGUCCGUGCCAGAGACGUGCAGCAGUGACUGUGUUGAAGGCUGUGCUUGUCCCCCUGGAAUGUAUUUGAAUUCCAGGACUGAUCGGUGUAUCCAGAGAAGUGAAUGCCCGUGUUAUUUUCAAGGAAUUGACUACCCACCUGGAGAAAAUGUUAUCAUGUCACUGGGAAAAUGCCAUUGCAAGGAUGGAGUAAUGAGUUGUGAUAACAACAUAAUUGCACACAGCUGCCCGGCUGGCCAGAUUUAUAUCAACUGCAGCAAUCUGCAAACUGAUCCUGAGCUCAAUAGAGAGAGAACUUGUGAGAAUCAACUGCUAAACCUCACUUUCUCAGCACAUUUUCCUUGCRUUUCCGGCUGUGUUUGUCCACAGGGCCUUGUUAAACAUGGAGAUGCAUGUUUGGAAGCCGAUGAAUGCCCAUGUUCUUGGAAAGGAAAGGAAUACUUUSCAGGUGACAAAGUCGUUUCUUCCUGUCAUACAUGUGUUUGCCAACACGGAUCUUUCCAAUGCACUUUCCAUCCUUGCCCGUCGAUGUGCACUGCCUACGGGGAUCGACAUUACAGGACAUUUGAUGGACUCGCGUUUGACUUCGUUGGAGCUUGUAAGGUCUACCUGGUUAAGGGGACUUCUUCAACCAGCUUCUCAGUUAUUAUAGAAAAUAUUAACUGCUUUAGUACUGGAAUCAUUUGUAGAAAAUACCUUUCCAUUAAUGUUGGAAAAUCUUUUUUAAUAUUUGAUGACGAUACUGGGAAUCCAAGCUCAUCUAGUUACAUAGACAGACUACAGAAAUUACAAGUUUGGAAAGCUGGAUUUUUUACUGUUGUUCAUUUUCCUGAUGAGCACAUCACUAUCCUGUGGGACCAGAGAACGACAGUUCAUGUACAGAUGGGUCCUCAGUGGCAGGGUGAAUUGACUGGAUUAUGUGGAAAUUUUGAUUUGAAAACUGUAAAUGAGUUGAGAACUCCAGAUAAUUUUGAAUUAACAAACUCUCAAGAGUUUGGGAAUAGCUGGACAGCUGUAGAGUGUGUUGACAGCUCUGACAUUCGAAAUCCGUGCAGUUUGAAUCCACUCAGAGAGCCAUUUGCCAAGAAGGAAUGUGGAAUACUGUUAAGUGAAGCAUUUGAAGCUUGCCAUCCAGUGAUCGAYGUCACCUGGUUUUACUCAAACUGCUUGGAAGAUACGUGUGGUUGUAGCCAGGGAGGGGACUGUGAGUGUUUCUGCACAAGCGUGUCGGCGUACGCGCACCAGUGCUGCCAGCAUGGAGUCACUGUGGACUGGAGGUCACCUAGAGUGUGUCCUUAUGACUGUGAGUAUUUCAACAAAGCUCUGGGAAAAGGCCCCUACAAACUGGUCAGCUAUUUGGACGGAGAAUUUGCAGUGGCAGUGAAACUGGUGAAUGGUUUUGUUUUCCCAGUGAGAGCAGAAGAUUCUGUUCCUGGACAUGCAGUGAGCUUUAUGCUGACUUCAGGACUUUAUAAACCCAGAGCACAUGAUUCCAACUUGGUUUCRUUCGAAACAGCGGAGAGACCAAAUUAUUUUCUACAGUUGGCCUCCAAUAAUUCUCUUGUUCUUUCCAAAUGGGAAAAAAGUGAAGAGUUUCACAACAAAUCUACCUUUGCCGUUCACAAAAAUACAUGGAUUUCGGGAUACAGUUCCUUUGAGUCAUUUGCAAAGCCAGGAUACUUCAUCCACAUUUCAGCCUCUUCAGUUGAGCUUCUGAAGUACCAUCAUACAGAGGAGUUCAGACUGUCAACCCUUUUUAAACUUGUAGAURUCAAAUUCCAAUUUCUUCCCCAUUCUGCAUGUGAGUGGCGUUAUGAUGCCUGCACAAGCCCUUGCUUCAAGACGUGCAGAGACCCUUUGGCAAAGAAUUGUCAGGCAGUACCAAAAGUGGAAGGAUGCAUCCCUGCAUGUCCUCCCAACAUGGUGCUGGAUGAAGUAACUCAAAGAUGCGUUUAUUUUGAAGACUGCAUUGAACCUGCAGAGGACAGUCAAGCUUUGCUCUCCAGCGUGAGAACACCAGCAGUUUCACACACAACACCAACUACUGCUGCAGUCUCCAGUUUGGCAGUGUUCAGCGAGGCAGGAACUUCAUUUCCUGCACCUGAGGAGAAGGACAUGGAAACAACACUUGCUUCAAAAUGGCAACUUGGUGUAACGACAGGGAAAGCAAAACUUUCAGCUCUUACAUCUAAAAGAGUGGUUUCCACCAUGCCGUUAGCGUGGACAACAAAAUCUAACGUAAGCUUGUCCUUUCCUAGUGACUUUUUUCCAUGGUUUCCAUCUACAGUCGCUUCGGAAGCAUCUGCAAKGAUGCAGUCAAUCAGUAGUACUUCUGCAAAGCCCCUGAGAGCUACGGAACCUCAGAGAGUAACUGCUAGACACGUAUCAGAGUCAGAAAGCAAACCCAUUUCUACUACAGUUCUUGGUGGAACACCAUCAACACUCACAACAGAGUUGCCUGUGAAAACUAAAAUAAUGGAAACACCAGAAAGUGCUACAAGGACACUGCCUGUAAAAGAAGUGGAAGUAAAACCAGAAGGAUUUACCAAAUUUACUGCCAGUUCUUUUGAAACAAUAACAGAAAAAACUACUACAAAUUUGACCCAGUACUCAUCAUCUCUGGGCAUGUCUUCGCAUUCAUCACCAGUAAAUCUAACAGGAACUUCAGAAAGAAUGAAAAUAAGUGCAAAACAGUCUUUUACCACAGCAUCUCAYGUUACUGUAACUUCACUUUCUCCUGUGUUCACUACUUUGUCUUUGCUGAAGCCAAGCACAAAGCCAGCACCUUCAGAAACAACAAAAGCAACAAGUGUUGUAACCAAGCAAAGGGCAAAGACUACAUUUUCCCUGACAUCCACACUACCUAUUUCAUUAGCAAAGGCAAUUACASAGCCUCCUAUUGAAAUGAUUCAACAGUUGACUGGUACUGCAGGGGUAGCCUUGACUACAUCUCUAAGUUCACAGGCAUCAACUCUGCAGACUCAAGAGAUAACAGCAAAAACAACCGUGUUACCGUUUACAACRCUUAAAAAGGAAAUUCCUGAAACAACAUCUCAUAAGGAACAUUCAUCAGGUUCCUAUUUCCCUCCAUAUUUGUUACAUCCGAGUUCAGCUACAACCGAAAAAUCCCUCCCUCUUGCUACCAAAAGACCUGUUUCUACUCCUGUAUCUCCGUAUUUAGGUGAACUAAAAAAAACAUUUAAAACAGUGUCAACUACUGGAUAUCCCCCACACAUAGUUCUAAACACAACAGAGUUCCUGACUACAUUAUCCACUAAAUAUCCUAUUUUAGCUGAGACUACAAGGGUAACACCUUCACCUGCAGAGGUAACAUCCAAAAUAACACCCACUUAUGAAUUAUUAGCAAAGUCAACUUCACUUUCUGGGAAAACAUCCACAGAAUACAAGUCACCUCUACUUUUAAGUACAGUGAAGACGAGCCCUGCAGCAUAUUCAGAUACUGUUACCACAUCGGCAAAAACAACCUCUGUCUCAUCAAAAGAAGUCACUGCGAGUCCUUCAGUAGCUACAGAAAAAGACUCACUUCAAAGAAUAUCCUUCACUGGAUCUCUAUUUACUCUUGGUGCAAUUGAAACCACACUGUUGACAACACAGCCUGAUAAAUCACAAGUGGAAAGAAUUACUAGCAUAUCUACUAGAGAGUCACCUGCUUUCCCGGCAUCGUCAUCACACACUCUAACAUCUUUAAAUGCUUCCCUACCUGCACUGCCCACAUACGGGACAGUAGCAGCACUGACAGCUCUCAGUCCCACACAUGCAUCACAGGAAAUGGUUACCCCUUCAUAUCCAAGUACAGCUAUAGCAAAGCCUAGUUUUUCAACAGAAAAGACCGUUCCCAUCCCAGCUUACUCUACUGUACCAGCUAUGUCACAACAAUCGAGUCCAACAGGAACAAUAUCCCGUGACAAACUGCCGGAAAAAGYCAUUCUAAAUGUCACUUACGCCACGUUCUCUCCAUCCUCUGAAUUCAGCAGUCAGCUUAGAACAACCAGAAAAGCAGUGGCAGCCAAGGAAAGAUCAACUCUGUCUACUUCUGCUGUACUUCCAAUGACAAAGUCUUAUACUUUCUCCAGCUCUCAGUAUCUAUCAGAUAAACUAAUUUCUUCCUCAUCUUUAACACAAAUGACACCUGAAGUAACAACCACAGYAAAAUAUCCAGUAGAAACUGAAAUAAUUUCUAUAGCAGCAAAGCCUACAGUCCGAAAUGUAACAGAUGCAGUAAAACCUGCAGCAGCUACAGCUCAGCCGUCCUUUACUCCUCCUUCAGGAGGCCCCUUUUCUGGGCAGACGUCGUCAGGAGAGCCCGUUUCUGCUCAGACACCACAUUCUUCUACUGAGACAGCAGUGGAACUUGCUCACCAGACUUCAGAGCCUUCCUUGACAAGCCAGAGCAGUGCCCCAGUUUCCCAGUAUCCUGCAGGAACACUCACAAAAUCCGCUGGUCAGCCGCAGCUUCUCUUAAGCACAACUGAAGCUACAGUAGCAUUGACUCCCUCCUACCCAUUAACUACCUCACUACCUCAAGGUAUUCACUCAAGUUUAUCACCUACCUCACUAACACAAGUUGUUUUACCAACUGGAAAGGAAUUACAUUUAACUGGUUCAGCCACACAGCCAUAUGUAUCGAGAACUUCUUCAGCUUUGCAGUCUACAAUCCCAACUGGGAAAACAGCUGACUUGGGUGUUGGCACCAGAGUUCUCCCUUCCUCACCAGAAGUGAUUGCAGCCUCAACCUCUUUAGCAACCACCAAGAAGGAAGAAUUUCCUUCAUUUUCCACACAAAAGGCAGGUACCAGUCCGAAAUUCACCUGGCCGGCCUCAGUCRGCGAACCACUUGUUUCAGGUCAAACACUUGAAACAACUUCAGCUUCACCAGAACUUAAGUCAACCUUUCCAUCUGUUUUGUUAACACAAGCAACAGAAAGGCCAAUUAGUGAGUCAUCAGUAGCGGGUGAAASUGCUACAGAGAAAACUACUGUGUCAUCUAAGCAAGUCCCAUUUUCAACCACUAGCUCUAGUUCCACGUUUCUUGCACGUACGGUGCUGCCAGCUACAGCCCAUUCCUCAGCUGUAACUUCUGCCUUUUCAAAGAGAAGCAGUACAGGGCAAAGCCUUGCUGCUGUGUCGGCCACUUCAGAGGAAGCAGGAACAGUGAGGAAAUCUGUCACGACUUCUGUGAAGCCCACCUCCUUUUCUGAAACUUCACGAGCAAAAGGGUCUAUGCCCCCUGAAACAAUAAAAUCUGAAGAGCCAGAAUUAGYAACAGAAGUCCAAGCUGUCCAUACUGAAGGUAUUACCAUUACCCCAGAAACUCUGGGUUUUUUUCCUCCAUAUUUCAUAUAUGCAAUUGAAAUUCCUUCUAAAGUAAAUGUAUCAGUAAUGUCCACGUUAUCCUCUCAAACAAAAUCUUUUUCUUUUAUAGCUGCAUCACUGGGCGAUGCUACUCAAGCUUUGAAGCUUGGAAUAUCCUCUGACGGGCAAAUGCCCUCUGUGAGUUCGCUAUUAAUGAUAUCUGACCAUCCAAAUAACACAACAGCUCCAUCCAUUUCCUCAUUUCCCUUUUUAUCCACCAAACCACCUUAUCCAUUGACUACACCGUUUUCUGAGGAACUGGCAACAGCUGAAGCUAUCUCAGGAGUCACAGCAUCAGCUUUUAUGCCAGCAAGAGAAACAGCAACUCUCCAAGUUUGUACAGUGAUCGCAGAGGAUGAGUGCAUCAAACACAUAUGCUUGGAUGGACGCCUCGUUCAGGUUAACAAGUCCCAGAACUGCCCCUACAACGCGACGCGGCCCAGCUGCGGAGUUCGGGGAUUUGCUGCUCAAACAAAUGGUGACAAGUGCUGCCCGAAGUGGGAAUGUGCAUGUCGUUGUACAAUUUUCUCUGAUCUGAGCUUUGUAACCUACGAUGGAAAUCACUUCGCUUUAUUCAAAGAAGCCUCCUACAUUGUUAGUCGAACUCAAGAGGAAACUAUAGCCAUCCAUGUCCUUGACUGCAGAACGAGUAAAUCAGAUUCAACUUCCUUGUGCCUGGCAACGUUGCACUUAACCUAUAUGUCAAACCAAAUUACUAUUGAUCGUUUCAGUAGAAAAAUCACAGUAAAUUCAAGAAUUGCUUGGCCUACUAUUAGAAAAUAUGGAUAUAAAAUCAGGGAUUCGGGCUUCAAGUAUGCAAUUGAGACCCCAACAAAUACCAGAAUUCAGUGGUUUCACAACACAGGUGUGAUGAUUAUAGAGUUUAAUAGUACCAGAGAACCAAAAGCUUUGGGACUAUGUGGUUUCUGUGAUGGAAGCUUGGAAAAUGACCUGAUGCUACCCAACAGCACAGUUUUAAGCAAAAGUAAAGCACCAUCAACUUUUAUGGACAGCUGGCAAGUGCCAGAUACAUUAAAGUAUGUUGGGGAAGACAGGCAUCAGGAAACUAAUUGCUCAGUCAUGGACUGCUCAGAGUGCUUAAGCCUCGUAUUGAACCAGACCUUCAGCAGCUGUCAUCCUUACGUUCCACCUGAGUUGUUCUGUGAUAUAUGGGCUAAAGACAUUGAGUACAUUCGAAAUCCAUGCAUCGCUCUAGCUGCCUAUGUGGCAAUGUGCAACAAAUUCAAUAUUUGUAUAGAAUGGAGAAGCUCUGAUUACUGCCCCUUUCUCUGCCCAGAGAACUUCUCCUAUCAGGCCUGCAUAGCUGCCUGUGCAGUCCCAGAGAGCUGUCAGGACAGCGAGGUGGCUUCCCUGGACCCAGACUCUUGCUCCGUGUUGACAGAAGGCUGUGUCUGUGCUGGAGGCACCGUCCUUCACCGAGCUCACACCGCUCUAUGUAUUCCUGAAGAAAAAUGUGCUUGUACAGAUAGCUCAGGAGCACCUCACGCGGUAGGUGAGAUCUGGAAAGCUUCCUUGAGCGGAUGCUGCCUGCAGAAAUGUGUUGCCAGCGAGACCAUUAUUCCAGUGGAGAACAACUGCUCGGAUACCCCCUCUUUGGGCUGUCASCGAUUUGCAGAAGUGGCCGUGCCCGUUCCUGGUGAUGAGACAUGCUGUCCUCAGAAGGUCUGCGUUUGCAAUCGGAGCCUUUGUGAACCCCUAAUCCCUGAGUGUAAAGGCUUGGAAAAGCUGGUCGCCUACUACAGUGAAGAUUCCUGUUGUCCCAACUACAUUUGUGAAUGUGAUCCAGCAAAAUGUGAACCAGUGGAGCAGAUGCCAACCUGUGAAGAGGAUCAAACGCUAAUUACUGCGCGCGUGGAGAAUACCUGCUGCAUAUCCUAUAUUUGUGCGUGCGGGGCUUGCUCUGAUAAAAUUCCCAAGUGUGAAGAAGGGGAAGUGCUUAUUGUGGAUGGCAACACCACAGAGAGAUGCUGCCCUACAUACCAGUGUGUUUGUGAAAUACAUCGUUGUCCUGCAUUCAAGUGCAUGCUGGGCACAGCAUUGGUGGAGCUCUGGAGCCCGGAGAAGUGCUGCCCAUUUCGGACGUGUGAAUGUGCAUGUGAAACCAUCCCCAAACCCCAGUGCAAACUGGGGCAGAAACUUCAGAUAGAUGAACAGUUUCAGAACAGUGCAGAAAAUAUCUGUAACUGUGUUAAGUACAAAUGUGUGAGAGACAAAGUUUGCCUGAGUAAUGAGAGAGGUGUGCUGCUUCCUGGACAGAAAAUUGUGGAACAUGCUCCUGAUGGCAUUUGCCAUAUUUCUUACUGUACCAAUGUGGUUGAUGCCUCCACUAAAUAUUACCAGAUAAAUACCUCCUCAAUAGACUGUGCUGCCAAGUGCAAAGCAAACCAAGUCUAUGAGCCUCCAAAAGAUUUAACAACUUGUUGUGGUAGCUGUAAGAAUUUGUCUUGCCUCCACACUUUCAGCAACGGCACAGUUUCCAAUUUUAAGCCUGGUAGCAUUUGGAUUUCAAACUGCAUCAGAUAUGAAUGCAGUAACACCGCAGUAGGACCAGUUUUAGUGGCAUCUCCAGUGGGCUGCCCACCCUUUAAUGAAUCUGAAUGUGUGAAGAUUGGAGGCUAUGUCGUACCAUAUCUAGAAGGAUGCUGUAAAACAUAUCGUCAAUCUGACGUGGUUUCUUCAGCCUAAGGAGGAUCAUCAUAAGAAGAUAUUGAACUUUCUGGCCUCUARGAACUGAACCUCAGGCUGCACUUUGU